AUGAUCAAAUUAAAGCAAAUUAUUUUAGGUUUAUCAAUUUUAUGCUUAGUUCUUUCUACAGAGGAUUAGACUAAGCAAUUAAAUAUUUAUGUAAACAAUAUUGCUCCACUAGAUAAUCCUAGCGAAACAUACAAGUACUAUAUUCUCCCUUUUAUACGUCCAAAAGAGGAAAUAAAAUCAGAUCAAACAUUUUCAUAAAGCUUAUCAGGUGAUCGUAUUUACAAUUCACCUUAUAAUUCAACAAUAGGAUAGAAUGUGACAAAAACAAUAGGGUCUAAGAAUUACACAAAAUAGGAACUUCAACAAUUUAUAGAGGCUAUCGAAAAUGUGUUUUAUGCAGAGUUUUAUGUAGAAUAGUUUAUUGUCCAUGAUUUGAUAGGAAAAUUUGAUUAGGAUGAAAAUGGAACUAUGUCUUAUUAUUUGAAGACUCAUAUUGAGUUUAACGUUUAUUUAGAUAAAUUUUAGAUAGAAGAUCCUGUUGUUUUAUAUGCAAAUAUCACCAAUUUUUAUGAUACAAAUUUCGAUGAUCUGUAUUAUAAGUAAAUUCCUGCUUUUGAAGAUGGAGAGGAGUCACAAGAAAUAGAAUUCUCUUACUCUGUUUUCUACUAUUAUGUAGAUAUUUUAGACAUAGACUAUGAAAAGGACAAUGUUUUUGACUAAGAUUUAUCUGGAUCUGAUUAAAACCCAGAAAUUCAUUGGUUUGCCAUUAUACUAUCUUUUUUACUUGUUGUCCUUCUUGUCCUUUUAGUCUGUUUAGUAUUAGCAAGAAUAUUAAAAAAAGACUUCAGUCUAUCUUCUGAUAUUGAAAGCGAUUAGUCUGUUGAGAUUGGUUGGAAGCUAAUAAGAACUGAAGCUCUUAUGCCCCCUGUUCAUAAAUUGAUACUUAGUGGAUUUUUGGGAAAUGGGUUGCAAUUCAUUUUCCUUGUUAUUAAUCUUAUUUUCUUCGGUACCCUUGGUCUAUACUACAAUUCCUAAAAAGGUAAUGUAAAGGAAGUAGGAGUUUUCUUGUACUCAUUUACUGGUAUAUUUAAUGGAUAUUAUUCUGCAAAAUAUUAUAAAUACUUCGGAGGAAAGCACUGGGCUCUUAAUUUAAUAUUCUCUUGCGGUCUUUUCCCAUUUAGUUUUUUGUUAGUUUUUAGCAUUGUUAACUCUUAUGCUUGGUAUAAAUAAUCCACUUCUGCUAUUCCAGCUGAAGCUGUUUUCUUAGUAAUUUUAACCUUCUUAAUUAUUUAUGUUCCUCUCACUUUCACAGGUACUAUUUAUUCAAGAGUAAAAACUUCUGAAUCUCUCCCAAAUGUUGGAUCUUCAUUACCAAGAUUAUAUAAGCCUGUCCCUGAAAAAAAAAUGUACUAGACUGCAUUUAUCCAUUUCAUAAUAGGAGGUCUUCUUCCUUUUAGCUCUAUUUACUUGGAAUUGAGAUCAAUUUUUAAUAGUAUAUGGGGUCAUUAGACUUAUCAUUUGUAUGGUAUUAUCUGUAUAGCUUUUAUUCUAUUCUUAGUUGUUUAAGCAUGUGUUUCAAUAGGUCUUACUUACUACUAGCUCAAUGCUAUGGAUUAUAAUUGGUGGUGGAAAUCUUUCUCUUAUGGAGGGUCCACAUCACUUUUUAUUGGAUUAUAUGUAAUUUAUUACUAUUGGUAAGUCUCUCCUAUGCAUGGAACUCUACAAUUCUUGAUGUAUUUUGGGUAUAUGGUUCUUUUCUGCAGUGUGUUGUUUAUGAUGCUUGGUAGUGUAAGUUUCUUGGCUUCAUUGAAAUUUGUAAGAUAUAUUUACAAUAAUGGUAAAAUGGAUUGA